AGUCUUUCUGCCCCAGUAUUUGAACAUCUCUACUGUAUACUGAGGAGCCCGUGAGACUUUACUUUCUAAGACCGCCUUGUCCAGUGUCCUGGCUUCCACAUGUAUUCCACGCUGGACACACAAAACUGAGGAUUUGAAGAUAAGAUUCUGGAUCUUAAUCCUUAUAAUUGUGUUGGGGUGGGGAUAUGUGGGUCAUGAAAUUAGAGCGUGAGAGCAGAAAGCCCAGGGAGGGCCUGGAAGGAAUAGAAUGCGCACAGCAUGAGGCCAGAGACCGGUUAGGAGCACCGGCUGCUCUUCCAGAAGACCUGGGUUUGAGUCCCAGCACCCACAUGACAGUGGCCUCUAACUCCAGCUCCAGGGCCCUCUUUAGGUCUCUACAUACGCUGUAUGCACAAAGUACAAACAUGCAUACAGGCAAAACACUCAACUGCUACACACACUGAUACACACUACUCAUAUACUACACACAUACACAUGUAUACUGUAACUGUCCAGCAGUCACGGCAAACUGGGUUUACCUGAGAGAGGCUGGCGUUAAGGUACGGGGUGAGAGAUCAGUGAGCCAAGGUGAAAGUUCUGAUCAAGGCUCAAAGUUUAAUUUUCAGUUCUGCGUUUAUAUAGGUAAAGACCCAUCCUUAGUUUCAGCUGGGUUCUUGUUUCAAAACAAGUUUCAGCAGACAGUCUUGUUUUUGCAGGAAUACUGUGGAUGUGGUAAACAGGAGACUCCACUCCAGGUGGGCUAGGCGACUGUGGCAAAACAAGGCCGUUUCCUGGGCGUGAGGAACAUGGUGAAGCUGCUUCACACCCUGGCGGAUCACGGUGAUGACGUCAGCUGCUGUGCCUUCUCGUCCUCCCUCCUGGCCACCUGCUCCUUGGACAAGACCAUCCGCCUGUACUCCCUGAGUGACUUUGCAGAACUGCCGCACUCCCCGCUCAGGCUUCACACCUACGCGGUCCACUGCUGCUGUUUCUCGCCCUCAGGACACCUUUUGGCUUCGUGCUCCACCGACGGUACCACCGUGCUGUGGAGCGCGCACAGCGGCCACACCCUGACGGUGCUGGAGCAGCCGGGCGGCAGCCCAGUGCGCGUCUGCUGCUUCUCCCCAGACUCCGCCUACCUGGCUUCGGGGGCGGCCGAUGGAUCGGUUGUUUUGUGGAAUGCACAGACGUACAAAUUAUAUAGGUGUGGCAGUGUCAAGGAAAGCUCAUUGGUGGCCUGUGCAUUUUCUCCCGAUGGGGGCCUCUUUGUCACUGGCUCCUCGGGCGGGGACCUGACAGUGUGGGAUGACAGAAUGAGGUGUCUGCACAGCGAGAAGGCGCAUGAUCUCGGAAUCACCUGCUGCAGCUUUUCCCCCCAGCCUCUCUCUGGCGGAGAACAAGGCCUCCAGUUUUACCGAUUGGCAUCGUGUGGUCAAGACUGUGAAGUCAAACUCUGGGUUGUUUCUUUUACCCGUGUCUUAGGCUUUGAAUUAAAAUAUAAAAGUACACUAAGUGGGCACUGUGCCCCUGUCCUGGCUUGUGCGUUUUCCCACGAUGGACAGAUGCUCGCAUCAGGGUCAGUGGAUAAAUCUGUCAUCAUAUAUGGUAUCGGCGCUCAGAGUGUGCUGCACACGCUGACUCAGCAUACCAGGUACGUCACCACCUGUGCCUUUGCACCUGGCACCCUCUUACUUGCCACUGGGUCGAUGGACAAGACAGUGAACAUUUGGCAGUUUGACCUGGAAACACCUUGCCCAGCAGGAAGCACGAACGAUCUGCCGAAACAUCUCGUUGAAGACUGGUCAGAGGAGGAUGUCUCAGUAUGGCUCCGUGCUCAAGGCUUGGAAGACCUGGUCAGCAUUUUCAGGGUUAACAACAUUGAUGGGAAAGAACUGUUGCACCUCACUAAGGAAAGUCUGGCUGGCGAUUUGAAAAUCGAAUCUCUCGGGCUGCGCAGCAAAGUCCUGAGGAGUAUUGAAGAGCUCAGGACCAAGAUGGAGUCCCUUUCUUCCGGAAUCCCCGAUGAGUUCAUCUGCCCAAUAACCAGGGAGCUCAUGAAGGACCCGGUCAUCGCUUCAGAUGGCUACUCCUACGAGAGAGAAGCAGUGGAAAGCUGGAUCCACAAAAAGAAACGCACGAGCCCCAUGACGAACUUGGCUCUCCCUUCGCUGGUACUGACCCCAAACAGGACUCUGAAAAUGGCCAUCAAUCGAUGGCUAGAGACGCAUCAGAAGUGACCGUGCGCACAGACAUCGCAUACACCCUCAGUGAUGCCUGCCAAUGAUUCAGAGUGCUAGGCAGCCAUUACAAAAGUGAAAUAAAAGGAAAAGACAAAUGUUAAAUUGAGUUAUUUUUAGAAACUGUCAGUUAUAAAGGUGGUGCACACCUUUAAUCCCAGCACUCAGGAAGCAGAGGCAGGUGGAUCUCUGAAUUCAGGCUAGGUCUUCUUGGGCAAGUUUCAGGAUGGCCAAGGCUACACAGAGAAACCCUGUCUCAAAAACCCAAAACCAAAAAUAAAUAAAUAAAUAAAUAAAAUAAAUAGUUAACUAUCUUUAAAACACAGAUUUAUAUAUCCUUUGUCAUUGCUGUUUCUGUAAAGGUGAAAGUUUUGUUUUGUUUU